AUGACCCCAGCGAUCAUCGGCUUAUCAACGUUUUGGGCAGCUUUCUUGUUGAUUUCAUCAGCCGCACAUCCGCUUGAUUCGACUUCGAGAGGAGGCUCUCUCUGCUCCUACAGAAGACCAACCCUCGAUGACGUAUUGCCGCCGAUCCAUCUUGGCGACGCCAAGCCGCGCCGAGUGCGACGUCAAGAGGCCAGCUCGCUCCGGAUACGAUACUUCUAUCACAACGAAAGCAUCAGCCAGUUGACUCCAGUGCAAUUCGACCUCAUCGAUAAGAGCAUCCUCCCCGCGGCUGUCGAUUACUGGCAACAGAAUCUCCGACCCCGGUAUCCGCUCAAUACACCCAUAAAACUGAAUCGGAGAUGUCCCGAAGACAAAGUUUUUUUCUUGCCGGGGGAACAGAAUCAAUACUGUCGUGACAAAUGCGAGGAGGUCAGUCUUUGUGGAGAGGUCCCGGUACCCCGAGAACAUCUGGCGCCCUGUAGAACUUGCAAUUCAUAUGGACGGAAUUGUCACACCCAUGAGGAGGAGUUUGACCGGGAAGGCGGAGUAGCGGACGCUGACUUCGUUCUAUACGUGUCCGCUAUAGAAGGCGAAAAAUGUACCCAGGGAGAAACAAUCGCAUAUGCUGUCCAUUGCCAGCAGGAGGCUGAAUUCGAUCGUCCUAUAGCCGGUCAUGCAAAUUUGUGUCCAUCGACUCUUCUUCCCGAAGAACAACACGUCCGAACGCUGCUAUCCACCGUCAAACAUGAGGUUUUACACGCUCUCGGCUUCUCGGUCAGCCUAUUCGCUUUCUUCCGGGACGACGACGGUAAUCCCAUUACACCGAGAUCGAAUGUAACGGGUCGUCCGGACAUCGACGAAGAGUUAAUGGUGCACCGUUGGAGCGACAGGAUCGUUCGAAGCGUUGAGAUGCCAUGGAAAACAACGACAGGCAUGGUUCUGAAGAAACGCAAUUUCGUGGUCACUCCCCGUGUUGUUGAGGCGGUCAGGACUCACUUCGGAUGCCCUAAUCUAAUCGGGGCCGAACUCGAAGAUCAGGGAGAUGACGGGACUCGUUUGACGCAUUGGGAGAAACGUGUGUUCGAGAAUGAAGCCAUGACCGGAACAAAUACGCAGAAUCCCGUCUACUCGAAAGUGACAUUCGCCCUGAUGGAAGACAGCGGAUGGUACUGGACUACUAAUGGCCACGACGACUUGCUGUGGGGUCGGAAUCUGGGCUGUAAUUUCACCACCAUGUCCUGCUUCGAGUGGAUGAAGUGGCGCAAGGAAACGGGCAAUCCAAUCUUCCCGUACUGUGAUACCGUCAAGAGGAAUCCUCUUCGAACCACUUGCACCGAGACUCGGAACGCCGUGGCGCUUUGCAAUCUUGUGCAGUAUCCUGUCCCGCUCCCGGAAGACUACCGGUUUUUCGACCAGAUUGACGGAAUCGGGGGCGAAUACGCCGCUAGUUUCGGCAGUUCAGUUGCCUUGGCUGACUACUGUCCCUUCAUACAGGAGUUUACUUGGGCGAAUUCGGGCCGCAACAGUGAAUGUAGUUUCGCUGUUAAUCAACCUUCUCCGGGGAAAAAUUUCGCUCUGGAGACCUACGGGAAAGAAUCGCGAUGUUUUCACACCGAUCGAUGGAAAGAAUCGAAUUGCGCGACCGUGCGGCAUUGGCAGAACUGGGGCUCCGCGUGCUAUCAGCAUCGGUGCGACAACGGGCUCCUCGAAAUCAUUCUGAGCACGAACGCCACUCUGCGGUGUGUCUACCGAGGUCAGAAAAUCUACGUGCGCAUUUUGGACAAAGAGGGCUGGCUACAUUCAUCCCAUAUCGUCUGUCCUGCCUGUGAAGAGAUGUGUCCGCUAGAUAAAUGUAAGGCGUACCCCGAGGACGACUCCGACAACACGAUCGGUGUGACCGACUCGCUGAAUCAAAGCCUCAAAUGCAGAGCUAUGCCCGUGGUCCCAGUGACGUGGACCAUUGCGGCGCUGUCCAUGUUAGCACUCCGCAGCACGAUUCCGCUCAUAUGA